AAGGGUGCAGCCCCCUUUGACUUUCUGAUCUCAAAAGCCGCUGAACGUUAGGCUCUUUUAUUGACUCUUAAACCGUGAUGCCUCUAAAUCUCUUAUCUGUCACCAGUUGCCUUUUAAAAUGUAUGAAAUCUUUCCAUUACAACCGACGUAGGGGAUUUAGCAGUGCUGCAGCUUCUUUAAGUUCAGUCAGUUUAAAAGGUCGCAGCUGUCUCACACUUAAAGAUUUCAGCUCUGAUGAAAUCAAACGGCUUUUGUGGGUAUCAGGGGACCUCAAGCAUCAGAUAAAGCAUGAAAAGCAGUAUCUGCCUCUUCUGCAAGGAAAGGCGAUUGCAAUGAUAUUUGAGAAGAGGAGCACCAGAACAAGAAUGUCCACAGAAACAGGUUUUGCAUUGCUGGGUGGCCACCCCUGUUUUCUAACCUCACAGGACAUCCACUUAGGAGUGAAUGAAAGCAGCACUGACACAGCAAGGGUUCUCUCAGGACUUUGCGAUAUCAUCUUGGCACGAGUUUACAGCCAUUCGACUCUGGAGGAGCUGGACCGGGAGGCAUCUAUCCCCAUCAUUAACGGACUCUCUGACCUAUAUCACCCCAUCCAGAUUCUGGCAGACUUCCUUACCUUGCAGGAGCAUUAUGGAUCUCUUAGUGGACUUACAGUGAGCUGGAUUGGAGAUGGAAACAAUGUCCUCCACUCUUUUAUGAUGACCGCUGCCAAACUAGGGGUUCAUCUUAAAGUUGCCACACCAAAGGGUUAUGAACCAGACAAGAGCGUCACUGAGGAGGCACAGAGGCUGUCCAUAGAACAUGGGACCCAACUCAUUCUGACCUCUGAUCCAAUGGAGGCUGCCCAUGGCAGCAAUGUGUUGGUCACUGACACUUGGGUCAGCAUGGGUCAGGAAGAAGAGAAGAAAAGGAGGCUGAAAGACUUCCAAGGAUACCAGAUAACCAUGCAGACUGGAAGUGUGGCCAAACCAGACUGGACCUUCCUUCACUGCCUCCCCAGGAAGUUGGAGGAGGUGGAUGACCAGGUGUUUUACUCGUCCCGCUCCCUUGUUUUUCCUGAAGCUGAGAAUAGGAAAUGGACCAUCAUGGGUUUGAUGGUCUCUCUUUUGACUGAUUAUACUCCGCAGACCUCUAUUCCUAAAUUUUGACCUUUAAGGUAGAAUUUACCUUGGACCCUCUGAAAAUGUUACAUGUUUUUUUUUCCAAAUGAUGGGUUUACUUUUUUUUAUUCAUGUUGUUUUUAUAAAUUAUAUGGAGAAUCGUUUCAUAAAAAAUAAAAUAAAUAAAUACCUCUAUUGAUAAAUUAUUAAUAAA